UUGAAAAGUUGUGUUUAGUGACUUGAGCACUUAAAAUGCUCCAGUCAUUUUUAGUAUGAAAGAAAGGUCAAUAUUUGCAAUGCCUAAGACGGCAUUCCUCGUAUGCUUUUUAUUUUGUGGUAAUUUUAUUCUAUCGGGAAAAACAGCUGAGCAAUGUCCAAAAAAUCCCCUUUCUCCAACAAGUUCCGUGUCUGGAAUGGUUGUUGGCGUCAUUGUAGGCACAGAAAAGGUCGUUAAUGGAGUAUUUUCAUAUUUCUGGUAUUUAGGGGAGAAUUCUAUAAAUCAAGUGAUAGGUCUUGGUUCUAGUUUCGAAGGCCUUAUAGCUUCCUACGCGAUCAAAGGACACACACUUAUUGAUGGCCUUCUGGGAGCUAUUAGUGGCCAGAUCAAAAUGAUAUAUAACGGUUCUACCGGCUCUAUAAGAGUAUUAUUUGACACCAUAAUCAAAACGGAAAAUUCCGCCCAAAAAUUUGUGUAUAAUCAGGUCGAAAAAAUGGCAGAUAGUGUGGUAAGUGGAAAGUUUACUGGUGGGAUAACAUCAGCACUUAGGCACCCUUUUACAUCCAUUGCGAGUGGUUUCAAAAAAGUCAAAAGCUCAGUGGCCAAAAUUUCUUUGAGUAUUACCAACGAUGUGAAGAAGGUCAUUGACAAAGUCAAAACAACAGGCAUUCCUCAAGACGUCAAAGACAUAAUAACUGCACCUGUCAAAGGAGUGCAAGUUUUCAUAAAGGAAACGCAAACAGUGAUACAAACUGUCAAAAACGAAACGUCUGAGAGAAUUGCAGGUUAUUCUUCAGAGUUCAAGAAUGGUGGAAUUAUCGACAAGGUUGUAGCCUUGAGUUCUUUGCCUGUUGGCAUCACUUUAGAAGCAUGGAGUUUCACUUUGAAAAUAUCAGGCGCCUUCAAAAAGUCAGUUUCUGCUUCUCUGAAAGACAUCGUACAGCCUUUCUUAGGCCAAGUCCUAACAGAACGUUUAGGAGUGAUAAUCAACCUACCUCUUGACAUAACAGAAGGAUUCUACAAGAGCACAAUAAAUUUCUUCAGCAAUAUUGGAGGUAUUGUAUCAAAAGUGACUGGGGGAGGUAGUGUUAGUGUACAAUUGAAUAUGGUAAUAAUGCAUCCUUUCGUUGUUUUGGAAAAUGCUUGGAACGUAACAAAACAAGAAGCAGAAGAUUUUUCCACGGCUAUCUUAGGCAAAGAGUUGACUGCCCAGUUAGGAACUGUUUUGGCAUCUCCAGAAAGAGCUAUCUCUAGUGUGGUAUCUUCAAUAAGUGGUGGAAAACUAGGUUCUGCACUGCAGUCUCUAGUCACUAAACCACUGAUGUUUUUGGGACACGUAUGGACAAACACAGUAAUGACUGUGAAAGGUAUCACUAAAGGUAUCAUUGGUGAAAAAUGGACUGAGAAAAUUUCUGAUGUUCUAAGUGCCCCAGGACAAGCGAUAGCUAAUUUGACUGUAUCCAUUACUGGUGGAGGAAGUAUUGGCACUCAGAUAAAAACUGUUUUGACCAGUCCAAUACAAACACUCAAAAAUGUUUGGACCUCGAUUGAAACAACAAUAAGAGGCGUCAUCACAUUUAUUACAGGCGGAGGAAGUUUGAGCACCCAAAUUUCUACAGUUCUCACCAGUCCCUUCACUAUAGUUGCCAACAUUUGGACGACCACUAAGGAAUUUACGAAAAGUGUUUCCACAUCUAUAUUAGGAGAAAAUCUCACUCAUGAACUAGGAAACGCUGUCAAUGCUCCAUUGCAAACACUAUCUAAUGUAACAGCAUCUAUUACCGGUGGAGGAAGUUUGGGUACACAAAUAAAAACAGUUUUAUCAGAACCUUUUGUGAUCAUCGGGACCAUUUGGCAGAAAACAAAAAGUGUCACAGAGUCUGUGAGCAAAUCUCUGUUUGGAGGAGAGCUUUCUAGCAAAUUCGGUCAUUUGUUGAGCGCACCAUUUGAAACAAUUUCUAAUAUAACAACAUCUAUUACCGGUGGAGGAAGUUUGGGUACACAAAUAAAAACAGUUUUAUCAGAACCUUUUGUGAUCAUCGGCGCCAUUUGGCAGAAAACAAAAAGUGCCACAGAGUCUGUGAGCAAAACUCUGUUUGGAGGAGAGCUGUCUAGCAAAUUUGGUCAAUUGUUGAGCGCACCAUUUGAAACAAUUUCUAAGUUGUUUAAGUACUUGACGGGUGGAUUCAGUGCUUCUAUACAUUUGUCAGCUGAUGGAAGUGGAGGAGGUGGCAUUGGCGCAGCAGUAAGCUCCUUGGUUCAAGCUCCCAUCUACGUGGUACAAGGAACCUACAAAGGAAUAGUUAAAGCAACGCAAUCGUUGGUGAACAGCCUAAAAGGUUUUUAUGCAAGCAUACCCUUCAUUGGCAGAGUAAAGGUUGACGUAGCCGUUAAGGAUGGCGAUGAAGAAACUAGGGCUAAAAUGAGUAUAGGGGGAGGGGGAGGAACAGAAAGUCAAUCUGGUGGGGCAAAAGCUGAGGGAAGUGCUGAUGGUAGUGGCAAAUCCAGACAAAGGAGAAAACCUAGAUAUGUUUUAUAAUGAACUGUCAAAAUAUAAGUUUGAUAGUAAUAAAAUUGUUAAUAGGUGAA